GAUUCAUUUCAACGUAUCCUCGCACCUCGACAGGCACCCUGAACAACUCGAGCAUCCGAGCAUCCUUAUCAACUUCGACGGCAUGGCAAUCAAUCUAUAAUAGCAUAAUCGAUUAUCUACGGAAAACCAGAAUAUCAGUCAUGUCUUCUUCUUCCGGGUUCGCAUGGGGAGAAGGACCGAUGAGGGGGGUGAAUAUCGGCGGAUGGCUGGUACUCGAGCCAUGGAUCAAACCGAGCAUGUUCGAAGGGAAACCGGAUUGGGUCAUCGAUGAACGGACGUACGGAGCCUAUUGGCGGUCGACGAAUUAUACGCUGGGGUUCGGGGAGGUUGAGGGGCAUUGGGGGAGUUGGAUCGUCAGGAAGGAUUUCGAAGACAUCAAACGUCUAGGUCUCAACACAGUCCGGAUCCCAAUCGGGUUCUGGUCGAUCAUCCCGCUCGGACCGGACGAACCGUUCAUGACCGGCGCUUUCGAGUAUCUCCAGCGGGCUGUGGUUUGGUGUAGGGAUAUAGGGUUGGCGGUGAUGAUCGAUUUGCACGGCGUUCCUUCGGGGCAGAAUGGGUUCGAUAACUCGGGAUCGACGAACUCGAGGUCAUGGUUCAUCAACACGACUUCGAUCCAACGGACGCUCUCGGCGAUAACCAUCCUCGCGCAAGAAUUCACCGCCUCUUCGUAUGGCGGCACAGUCGUCGCUAUCGAGCUGGUCAACGAGCCGUUUCCUUACGGUGACAACGAGGUCCAGGCGUUGAGAGCGUUCUAUGAGGACGGAUAUGGGUUGAUAAGAGGUGUGGAUGAAAGGGUCGCGGUGGUCAUCUCCGAUGCCUUUAGGAAAUUGAGAGAGUGGGAAGGGUUCAUGCCUAGUAAUCGAUAUAAUAGAGUCGUUCUGGAUACCCAUAUUUAUUCGAUGUUCACCAUCGAACUCGUCGAACAAGGGUAUACCGAUAAACUCCGGACAUUCUGCGACAAGUUGCCGGAACUCGUCCAGUCUAAUCAAAAUGUCUGGACCGUAGUCGGAGAGUUCACGACCGCUUCCACCGAUUGCGCAGCAUACUUGAACGGGCGAGGAAAGGGCGCUCGGUGGGACUCGACGACCGAUCCCAGUCCGACCAACUUGACCGGGAAUUGCAGAGGAAAGACGGGAUCAGGCGCGGACUUUUCCAACGAGUAUACGGACUACCUGGCAAGGAGCUUCGAGACACAGACGUGGAUCUACGAGCAGGCUUCUGGGUGGAUUUACUGGUGCUGGAAGACGGAAAGCGCGAGCGAAUGGGCGUUUCAGGAUGGGGUGACGUACGGCUGGAUUCCGCAGCCACUGUGGGACAAGCCUGCGACUCUAGGUCAACCGUGCCAAUUCAACGGUUCGGCCCAAUCUAUUGAAAACGGAUCUCCACCAUUCACAACACCAGAUACCUUCAGACA